AGCCGCCGAUAUGGAUCAAACCCACUCCCAGAACCAAACAAGACCGUUCAUGGGAGGAGAAGAAGCUGGUCGGCUUCGUCGACUACGACAAGGGCAGGCACUGCGUCUCCACCGAGGUGAGCGGUGUCGGCAAGGACCGAAUCCCCGCCAGGUACCGCCUCCGCGUCGAAGGCAGCCGGUGGCAGAAGGAUUGGAAGGUCUCCGAGGUCGUCGACCAGGUGCUGAGGGUCGACCACUGGGAGGACAUCGAGGGCGUUCUCAAUUGCUGGGUCGGCCGGUUUGCGAGGAAGAACUUCCCACUUCUCAUAAGGAAGGAUCGACUUAGCUGAUUCGGUAGACAUUGUGCAUAUCUGAUGAUGUCUAAUCAAGUCAAGUAAUCUAUGGCAAUCGUGCUUUUGUUGAUUUGUAUCGAGUAACACGAGGCAUGUAUGGUUACGCGAACUAAAUGCACUAAUCCUUUAGUUUAUUGUAGGAAAUAAUGAACACCGGAUCCCUUCAACAUGCUGUUCAUGUGUUUCACUGGAUGAAAAAUCAGAAGAACUAUUGUGCUCGGAAUGACAUAUACAACAUGAUGAUAAGGUUGCAUGCCAGAUAUAAUCGAACCGAUCAAGCACGUGGCUUAUUCUUUGAGAUGCAAGAGUGGAGAUGCAAACCUGAUGUUGAAACUUACAAUGCUCUCAUCAAUGCACAUGGUCGAGCUGGUCAGUGGCGCUGGGCUUUGAAUAUAAUGGAAGAUAUGCUUCGAGCUGCCAUACCUCCUAGCCGAACUACAUACAAUAAUUUAAUCAGUUCUUGUGGAUCUGGUGGCAACUGGAAAGAGGCUCUUGAAAUUUGCAAGACAAUGACAGAAAAUGGUGUUGGACCUGAUUUGGUGACUCACAACAUUGUUUUAUCAGCUUUCAAGAAUGGGGCUCAAUAUUCGAAAGCUCUAGCUUAUUUUGAACUUAUGAAAAAGACAAAUAUAUACCCUGACACUAUCACUCUUAAUAUUGUUAUACAUUGCCUUGUCAAACUUGGACAAUUUGGAAAAGCUGUGGAUAUAUUCAACUUAAUGAGGGAAAAAAAAGCAGAAUGCCCCCCAGAUAUCAUAACAUUUACCAGUGUUAUUCAUGCAUAUUCUGUUUGUGGACAGAUUGAAAAUUGCAAGGCAGUAUUUGACAUGAUGCUUGCUGAAGGGUUGAAACCUAAUAUUAUUUCUUAUAAUGCACUUCUUGGUGCUUAUGCUUCACAUGGAAUGCAUAUGGAGGCGUUAGCAAUUUUUAAGUUAAUCAAGCGGAAUGGACUCCGACCAGAUACUGUAUCAUAUACUUCCUUACUCAAUGCCUAUGGCCGAUCUGGACAGCCUGAGAAGGCCAGGGAGGUCUUUGACAUGAUGAAACGAAACUCAUGCAAGCCAAAUAGAGUUAGUUAUAAUGCAUUGAUUGAUGCUUAUGGAUCUGCAGGAAUGUUGGAGGAAGCUGUAGAAUUGCUGCGUGAGAUGGAAAAGAACGGUAUUCAACCAGAUAAUGUCUCAAUAAGCACUCUCUUGGCAGCCUGUGGCCGAUGCUGUCAAAUUGUUAAGAUUGACUCAGUACUUUUAGCAGCGAAGUCCCGUGGCAUUAAAUUAAAUAUAGUUGCAUACAACUCGGCCAUUGGGAGCUAUAUGAGUGUUGGGGAAUAUGAUAAAGCUUUAACAUUAUACAAGUUGAUGAGAGAAAAUAAAAUAAAACCUGAUGCUGUUACCUUUAAUAUAUUAAUUAGUGGUUUAUGUAAGGUAGGAAGAUACAUGGAAUCUCAGAAAUUUGUCAAUGAGAUGAUGGACAUGCAGAUUCCUUUAUCUAAGGAGGUAUACUCAUCUUUGAUCUGCAUGUACAGCAAACAGGGUCAACUAACAAAAGUGGAAUCUACUUUCAAUAUGAUGAAGGAGACAGGCUGCUUCCCUGAUGUUAUAACAUACACUGCCAUGAUACAUGCCUACGGUAUAGUAGAGAACUGGAAGAAAGCAUGGGAGAUUUUUCAAGACAUGGAAAAAAAUGAUACCCGGCUAGAUCCUAUUGCAUGUUCAUCCCUUAUGGAAGUUCUGAAUAGAGGAUGUCAACAUACAAAGGUUCUUCAGAUGGCAGAGUUGAUGAGACAGAAGCACAUUCCUCUAAACUCAAGUGCCUCUUUUGAGAUUAUUUCUGCUUGCAGCAUGCUAAGAGACUGGAAAAAAGCAAGCGAAAUAGUUGAACAUAUGGAGCCCUCCUUAUUCUCAUCACUUUCACUUGGGAUUUUAAAUCAGCUUCUUUGUUUUCUUGGAAAGAGUGGGAGGAUUGAGACUAUGAUAAAGCUUUUUUACAAGAUAGUGACCUCAGGUUCAAAUGUCAGCUCUGCAACAUACUCGAUUCUCUUGAAAAAUCUUUUGGCUGUUGGGAAGUGGCGGAAAUAUAUCGAGGUGUUGCAAUGGAUGGAGGAUGCAGGAAUUCAACCAUCCCUUUAUAUGUACAACAAUGUUCUCCCAUAUGCAUGGAAGGACAACAGCAUGGAGCAUGUUGUUCUCAUCCAAGAAAGAAUAAGUUCUUUGAGAGAAAACGUUCCUUGAGCAUUGAAGGUCAAGCAUGCUUGAGAUUUCACAAUGAUGGGCUAGCCAAUGGACAGGGCUGCUGGAGCCGACCGUAUCUCAUGUUCAUAGGAACAGCUACCUAAAGAAAUGCGAUACAUUUAGCAUGCAGAAAGCAUAAAUGAGUUAACUAAUUCAUGGGCUUGUUUGGCAAGGAAAUUCAAGAGCUUUAUCAUAUACUGCCACCACCUCACUAAACACGUAAUUCAAGAAUUAGGAGGCAUCCAACUGGUUUGUGCAAAUCAUAGUGAAGAUUACACAUGGUGCCAAUGUAUAUUCUGUUCUGUAUAGUUGGACUGUAUGAUGAAAUUAUUUUCAUAAUUGAUUUCAUCUCGAUGCAGAAAUUUGGCAGAUCCUCUUCCUCUUUUUCAAGCUUGUUGAUUAUAGUGAGAAAAUUUCUUUCCAGGUAUCAUCGCCAGCCUUUCAUAAGAAAGGUUGUUAAUUAAUACAGUUGAGUAUCUUUUAUGAUAUUAUGCUGGUUUUCCUUUUGG